ACCUACCACACCUACCACCAAACCAGCCUGGGUUUCAGUUUUCCUCCACCAAACUCCGCCGUCGCUCUGUUCUUGCCAAACUCAAAAGCCUUCGCAAUCUCCGCGGCGCAACGCAAACCCUAGCCGCCACCAUGGCCUUCCUUCCCUCUACCGCUGCCAUCUCCCUCCGCGCCCACCUCUACCUAGGCUCCUCCUCCCGGCGCCGCUCCGUCCUCCCCACUGCCGUCAAUUCCACAGCCAACUCCAACUCCACAUCUCCGCACCCCAUCCUUUCCUCCCUCCGCCUCGCGGCCUCCGCCGCCGUCCUCCUCGCGGCCACCGCCCCGGCAAUCGCUUGCACCCCGUCCCUGCCCGUGUCCACGCCCCCACCGACCGCACUAACGGCUACGGUCUCCCCUGACGACCCCAUCCCCGACGACGACUCCCACCCCUUUGAGAAGCUCAUCGCCGAGACUGCCGCGCUCGUCCGCUUCGGCGGUGGGGACCUCGCGCGCGCGCGCCUCUCAUCCGCUGCCUUCGGGAGCGACGAGAUAUGCGCACGCCUCCUCGCGGCGCAGGCGCUGUUCGUGGACGGCAAGGUGGAGGAGGCGAUCGCCGACUUCGAGGAGCUCGCGCGGGAGGACCCCGGCGACUACCGCCCCCUGUUCUGCCAGGGCAUGCUGUACUUCGCUCUGGGCAGGACGGAGGAAUCGGUUUCGGUGCUCGUGCGCUGCCGCGAGGUUGCCGGCGGCAAAUUCGACCCCGAUUUCACAAUGGUUUCCUCGCCGGCCGAUGCGGCGGUGGCGGACGCGGAAUCGGGGUGCAGAGAAGGUGGAGGCAGCGGCGCUUGAGCCGGUGAAGGUGCGAGCGGACUCUGGAGCGGACGCGGGAUCUAAAUAAGGUAGCAUUUUGGUCUCUUCUUGUGAAGGGUAACUACAGAUCAGAGCUCAUGCUCUGAUGAUACGGGUAGAGAAAAAUUCGAAACGGCGAUGCCUGUCUUGCUAUUCUGAUUCGUAGGAUGCGUGUAUUAGAUGUGCAUUUUACAUGACCUGAUAAUAAAUUGAAGCGAUCAUGAGAAGGUGAUGCUUUCAAGGGCGAACAUGUAUUUUUCUCUUUUUGUCACCGAUUAAUGUGAUAAUUUUGUGACCUUGAAUGAACUUGGAGACCCCUUUUAACA